GUCGUUCUUCAGAAGUUUAUGAUGGUCUGCUGACCGGAUGGGAAAACUUUCUCCCGAGUUUUUCCUCUCUUUGUCUGACAACCGGUGUCUUAUUGCUUGGGUGGUUUUAUUUGCAAUCAGACGCUUUAUUUCGGGUCGACUCGUCUUUGAACGCGCAGUAAGCGAGUGAUGAAGUGAUCGGUAGAGUCUCUGCGGGGUUUGUAGCGUCUGAGAGAAGCUGGUGAUGGGGAACCGCGGGAUGGAGGAGCUGAUCCCCCUCAUUAAUAAACUGCAGGACGCCUUCAGCUCCAUCGGUCAGAGCUGUCACCUGGAGCUGCCGCAGAUCGCGGUGGUGGGCGGCCAGAGCGCCGGGAAGAGCUCGGUGCUGGAGAACUUCGUGGGCAGGGACUUUCUUCCGAGAGGAUCGGGCAUCGUCACUCGCAGGCCUCUGAUUCUCCAGCUGGUCAACAGUAAAGCAGAAUAUGCGGAGUUCCUGCACUGUAAGGGCCGUAAGUUUGUGGACUUUGACGAGGUUCGUCUGGAGAUCGAGGCCGAGACGGACCGACUCACCGGAUCUAAUAAAGGAAUCUCUCCGGUGCCCAUCAACCUGCGCGUUUACUCGCCCAACGUGUUGAAUCUGACGCUGAUCGAUCUGCCCGGCAUGACGAAGGUGGCGGUGGGAGACCAGCCGGUGGACAUCGAGUACCAGAUCCGAGACAUGCUGCUGCAGUUCAUCUCCAAAGAGAGCUGCCUGAUCCUGGCUGUCACGCCGGCCAACUCCGACCUCGCCAACUCUGACGCGCUGAAGAUCAGCAAAGAGGUGGACCCUCAGGGUCUGCGCACCAUCGGUGUGAUCACCAAACUGGACCUGAUGGAUGAAGGAACCGACGCCAGAGACAUCCUGGAGAACAAGCUGCUUCCUCUGCGCAGAGGUUAUAUCGGUGUGGUGAACCGCAGUCAGAAGGACAUCGACGGCAGGAAGGACAUCAAAGCUGCACUCGCUGCUGAGAGGAAGUUCUUCCUGUCCCAUCCGGCCUACAGACACCUGGCCGAGAGAAUGGGCACACCGUACCUGCAGAAAACACUCAACCAGCAACUGACGAAUCACAUCCGUGACACUCUGCCGGCGCUGCGCAGUAAACUGCAGUCUCAGCUGCUGUCGCUGGAGAAGGAGGUGGACGAGUACAAGAACUUCAAACCGGACGAUCCAGCCCGCAAAACCAAAGCCCUGCUGCAGAUGGUGCAGCAGUUCGGCGUGGACUUCGAGAAGCGGAUCGAGGGCUCCGGCGAUCAGGUGGACACUCUUGAGCUCUCCGGCGGCGCGCGGAUCAACCGCAUCUUCCACGAGCGCUUCCCGUUCGAGCUCGUUAAGAUGGAGUUUGAUGAGAAGGAGUUGAGGAGGGAGAUCAGUUACGCCAUCAAGAACAUUCAUGGAGUCAGGACGGGGCUCUUCACCCCUGACAUGGCCUUCGAGGCCAUCGUGAAAAAGCAGCUGAUAAAGCUGAAGGAGCCAUGCCUCAAAUGCAUUGACCUGGUCAUCCAGGAGCUCAUCAAUACGGUCAGGCAGUGCACGCUGAAGUUGAACUCGUAUCCUCUGCUGAGAGAAGAGACGGAGAAAAUCGUCACCACUUACAUCAGAGAGAGAGAAAGCAAAACUAAAGACCAGGUGAUGCUGCUGAUAGACAUCGAGCUCUCCUACAUCAACACAAACCACGAGGACUUCAUUGGCUUCGCCAAUGCGCAGCAGCGGAGCGCGGCCGUCAAUAAGAAGAGAGCCAUGCCCAACCAGGUGAUCAGACGCGGUUGGCUCACCAUCAACAUCAGCAUAAUGAAGGGCGGAUCCAAGGACUACUGGUUCAUCCUGACCGCAGAGUCUCUGUCCUGGUACAAACAUAAGCAUGAGAAAGAGAAGAAGUUCAUGCUUCCUCUGGAUAACCUGAAGCUCAGAGACGCUGAGAAAGGCUUCAUGUCCACCAAGCCCACCUUCGCCAUCUUCAACACCGAUCAGAGGAACGUGUAUAAAGACCUUCGUCAGAUCGAGCUGGCCUGCGACUCUCAGGAGGAAGUGGACAGCUGGAAAGCCUCCUUCCUGCGGGCGGGAGUCUAUCCUGAGAAAGACCAGCCGGAGAACGAGGAGGGCGUUCCGGCCGACACCCUCUCCAUGGACCCUCAGCUGGAGCGGCAGGUGGAGACCAUCCGGAACCUGGUGGACUCCUACACCGGCAUCGUCAACAAGAGCAUCCGAGACCUGAUGCCCAAGACCAUCAUGCACCUGAUGAUCAACAGCGCGAAGGAGUUCAUCUACUCGGAGCUGCUGGCGUAUCUGUACUCGUCAGGUGAUCAGAGCAGUCUGAUGGAGGAGUCGGCCGAGCAGGCGCAGCGGCGUGACGAGAUGCUCCGCAUGUAUCACGCGCUCAAAGAGGCGCUGCACAUCAUCGGAGACAUCAGCACCAGCACCGUAUCUGUACCUGUACCUCCACCUGUGGACGACACCUGGAUCCACACCGACCCCAGUCCUCCAUCGCAGCGUAAACCAUCCUCAGGAUUGGCUCCGCCUCCUGGCCGUCCCCCUGCAGUGCGAGGCCCCACCCCUGGUCCCCCAGCUCCACCUCCUCUUAACCCCUCCCCUGCGUUUGGAGCUCCGCCCGUUCCAUUCAGGCCCGGCCUUCCUAGCACUAAUGCUUUCGGGAGUGGCUCGCUGGAGGCUCCGCCCCCUCAGGUGCCAUCUCGCCCCGCCCGCGUGCCACCCGCUCUGCCGCCCGGCAUACCCAGCAGGAGGCCUCCAGCCGCUCCGAACCGGCCCACCAUAAUCAGAGCAUCAGAACCGUCUCUGCUGGACUGAAGAGGUUUCACCGCGCUGGAGACCAGCCGAAGCUUUCAGCUCAGAGGACACCAGAGGAAACUACGAUAAACACACACACGUGUGGCGUCGACAGUCAGCGGCUGACAGCACUAGUCUUUAACACUCCACUCUCUGUGUUAUGUGUGUAGAAACACUUUAUCAAAGACACUUUUUCUGGUUUAAUGCCAUCACUGAUGAGAGUUCAGCUCUCAAACGACACACUAAUGACAGAACAUCUCAAAAACAUUCAAAGUCUUGUCUUAAUACAUACGAAGAAGAUUGUGUGUUUAUUAACAAAAUACUAUUGCUUACACAUAAUUCUGGAAUUACUAUAUAAAAUGUUUCCAGAGAAGUCUAUUUCUUAUAGCCGAUCGCAGUUAAACACUCUGAACACGAGUCUUAUUCAGCUUCACUUCUCGAGUACAUUGAUCUGGUUUAAUGGAUGUUUAGAUCUCUUUAAGGAAAUGAUUUUAUGCCGUGUAUUAUCUAACAGAUCUUCCUUUCAUCUGUUCAUCACGCUUUCAUUUAUUUUCUCUGUCACUUGUUUUCUGUUUUUCAUGAUGUUUUGUAAGAACUGCGAACAAAAGCAUACUUAACCAAAAUGUCAUGAUUAUUAUCAAUAAAAGGGCAAUGUGUGUCCAGACCAAAGGUG